UAACCGGACCGUGUAUGAAGAUGACCUUAAUCGUUUAGUUGAUAAAUCGUUUAACCGUCUUAACUAACCGUUUAACUGUCGAUUAUUAAUUAGCUAAAUUUAGCUACCGGGAACUGACCGUUUACUGUUUAAUCGGUUAUCGGUGUAACCGUUAACCACUGCUUCCGAUUCGAUUAUCGGUUACACCGUUAACAAGAUAACCUUUUAUCAGCCCUAAUCAUACUCAUAAUUUGAUACUUUCACUAACAAAAAAUUAGGGCAUUGGAUCAGGUGGAUUCAUAUUGACAACGAUGUGCCAAAUAAAUAUAAUCCGAUUGGGGUAAGUCGAUCUGUUUUGGGAUCUAUUUAUCCUUCUUUGAUAGGUUUGUUUUUUUCUUCAGUCAAAUGAUGCAUUUCUUGUGAUACAAAAGCAUUCAUUCCCUCCUCCAUGCUAUGCUAUUGAUUGAAUCAUCCUUCCGGAAGAAAAACAUUGGAACUUCAUAGCGCUUGGAAAACUACUGAUAUGCGAAAACCGUCUCUUACUAUUCUCAUCUUAGGGCUGACUGAGAUCAGUAGCAGAGGAAGAUGCUUGAUCAAUUGACUGUUGAACGCUUUGAUGAAGCUUAAGCAUCCAAACACAGAGGAAACUCCCCUUGUCAGACUAUAUGGACCAAAAGUGAAAUUCGACAGGGGGCCUGCUUUGGCUUUCAAUGUGUUUGAUUGGAAAGGAGAGAAGAUUGAAGCUACCCUGGUGCAAAUACUAGCUGAUAGGAGCAACAUUUCUCUUAGCUACCGAUUCUUACAACACAUCUCGUUCCCAGACAAGUGUGAAGCAGAGAAGGCAGCAGUUCUGGAAACAAAAGGAUGUGCAGGGAAGGGAGUGACAAUAAAGAAGAAGACAGAUAAACAAAGCUUGGGAAUCAUGGUUGUCACAACUGCACUUGGGUUCUUGUCAGAUUUUGACAUAUCAGGAUGCUGAUAAAGGAGAUGAAUUGUGUUUACUCGUUCCUACCAAGUACCAACUGGGAUCUUCUUUCCAGAUCAUUGAUAGGCAUAAGCCAACCACCACCCAAAUCACCAAACGUAUUUUACUAUUAAUCACUCUCAUCCCAUAUUCCACAUUCAACCAAAAGCCUUAGCUCACAAGGGAAAAUGGCACCAAUAAAAUAUAGAGUACUGCCAAAACAACCAAAUAGACAGCCUCAGACUCGGUAACCUUCAUUUUCCCUUUUGAGUGACUUCCAAGUACAUAAAUUCUGUGUCUUUGC